UUUUCAGGUAUCGACUGUAUUAGAUUGGACUUAAAUCGAUCAUUUUCGAUUUAUCGAAUUUGUUCAAUUUUAUAUGAUACAAAACAUAUAAUAUUCGACAAUAAAAAACUCACGAUGAUCAUUCACCGUGUAAGUGCAGAAUAUUUCAAAUCCUAUAGCGAAAAUAUAGGCUAACCUCAGAAAAGAUCUUGACGUCUCUAGACUACGCAAAGUACACCCUGCCAUUACCCAAUGAACGCCAGUCUGAAUUGCAAAAUUUAAGUUUCUAGAUAGAAAAUCAAAUUGAUAUUAAAGUUCAUAAUUGAAAAACAAAAAAUAUGUAUAUAUGCAAAAAAUAAUAUAUUAAUAAGUGUUAAUGUUUUAUAUCAAUAUAAUAAGUUUAUUGUACUAUAUUUAAUUUUAUAAGCUUUUAUUUAUUGAAUUAAAUACUAAUUUAAUUUUACUAAAUAGUAUGUUAUUUUCAAAUAUUUAAUUGAAUAAUCUGAUAUUUAAUACAUAAAAUUUAACUUUAAAAGUUGUUCUUGUUUGAGAAACACUGCUUGAAAACACGUGUAUCCAUCGGGUUAAAAAGCUAUUCAGGAUAGUUCGUGUUUGGAAACGGUAAUCGUAAUAAAAUUGUGCCGGUUACAUUCGAUAUUUCAGAACGUAAAGCAAUAAAUAUUUAAAAAAUGUAAACAAAACAUCAUUCCUCAUAGCUAAUAACAUAUUUUGUAAAUUUAAAUAAAUAUUCGUGAAUAUUCGUUAAUUAGCGAAUAAACAACAAUGUCCCACUUAGAAAAUAAAAAUGUUGAUUUAAAAGACGGUACACGUAAUAAAGACGAAAAAGGGUUCAGAAAAGAUAGCCGUUUUAAUAAAAACUUCAGAAGAAAUCGGGAUUCAUAUUAUGGGCAUCAAAAAGAUAGUUUUAGUAGAAAACCAUUCAAACGGAACUGGUCGAACACUCAAAAUGAUGGGAAGAGGAAAAAAUUAGAAGUAGGAAGUCGACUAAAAGAACAUGAUGUUGGUAUUACAGAAUUCAUAGGAAAUGAAGGAUUUUUUGGUCUAAUCAAAGAAAGAUACACAGAUUUUCAUGUCAACGAAAUUGCUCUUGAUGGACAAAUAGCUAAAUUGACUAACCAAGAUAUGCCGGAAGAUCCAAGAGAAAGUGAAAAUUUAGAAGACUUAAAGGACACAAUAUCGGAUACAAUAUGGAAUCAAUUACAAACAUUAAAAGAACCAGAAGCUUCUACUAUAGAGAUAGAUGUAACAAACAUAGAUAAAGAUCAACGCAGAGCAAUUCAUACAAUUGCUAAACAAAUAACAAAUGUUAUUAGUCAAACCAUAGACAAAGAAAAUAAGAAGAUAAUGGUAAUUUUACCAGAUAAAAAUGAUAAUAGCAAUAAUCAUAUUUUACGAAAAGACAAUCGUAUAAACUGGAAGAAAUGUGGCGAAUACUGUUACUUUGUAUUGCACAAAGUGAACAUGGAUACAAUGGAUGCUUUAAAUCAAUUAGCUAUGAAUUUACGUAUAAAACCAAAUAAUUUCAAUUAUGCAGGAACAAAAGAUCGUAGAGCAUGGACUUCUCAGUGGGUUAGUUUGAGAAAAAUGGAACCAUCACAUGUAUUGAGAGCAGCAAAAAAUGUACGAGGAGCAUAUGUGGGCAACUUUAAAUUUAUGAAAGAUUCUUUAAAACUAGGUAUGCUCAAUGGCAAUCACUUUAGAAUUGCUUUAAGAAAUGUAAAUGGAACAGAUGAACAGAUUGAAAAAACAAUGGUUUCUUUGAAGAAGAAUGGUUUUAUUAAUUAUUAUGGUUUACAAAGAUUUGGUUCUGUUGUUAGUAUUCCAACUUAUGAAAUAGGAAAAACAUUACUUCAAGGUAAGUGGAAUGAAGCAAUUGAACUGAUUUUGAAACCUAGGGAGGGAGAACAAGAUAAAGAUUUAGCAGAAGCUAGAAAGAUAUAUGCAACCACCAAAGAUGCAGUUGCUGCUUACAAGAAGAUUAAGAGAUAUGAUAAAAUUGAAGCUACACUAUUGAAAGGCCUAUGUAUAUCUGGAAAUAAUAAUCCUCAAGGAGCUUUAGAUGCAAUACCAAGGAAUGCUCGCUUAAUGUAUAUUCAUGCAUAUCAAAGUUUUGUAUGGAAUCAUAUGGUAUCAAGACGAAUAAAAGAAUUCGGAAAAGCACCUGUAAUAGGAGAUUUAGUAUACGAAAAUGAUAAUAAACAAAAUGAUAAUGAUAGCGAAGAACUCGUUUAUGAUAAUGAGAAUGUAGUUCAAACUGAAGAUAAGAUGGAAUCUGAUGAGAAAUGUGAAACUAUGGAUGUGCCCAAAGAAGAAAUUACCGAAACAUCUACAGAAGCAACACAUAAUUCAAUUAAAGAAGUAACAGAUGCUACAGAGUGUUGUUUAAAAAUAAACGAAAAAAUUGAAGGAAAUAGUAAUGUCGGCGAGAAAGAUGAAGAUGAAGACUUGCGCAAACUUCCAGCAGUAAAGGUUCUUAAAGAAAAAGAUUUACCUAACUAUACUCUGGCAGAUAUAUUAAUGCCUCAGGUUGGAUGGAAAGUCACGUAUCCAUCUUAUGCUAAAACCUGGUAUGAUGAAUUCUUAGCCAACCAUGGAUUAACUACUGACCUCAGACAAAAAAAUAAGAAAUAUAGUUUAGGUGGUGUUUAUAGAAAAAUAUUGCAAGUUCCUACAAAUUUGUCUUGGAAGACUAUGCACUAUAAAGAAAGACACAGUGAUCUUAUUAUGUGUGACAUUGAUGAAAUGAGAAAAUUAUCAGCUCCAAAAGAUGAACCAGAAGGGCAGUAUAAAGCUUUAAUUGUUGAAAUGUCUUUAAAAUCAUCUACAUACGCAACAAUGGCAUUGCGAGAAAUUCUAAAACUCGAUACAUCCCCGCAAGCACAGGCAGCACAAUCUGCUGCUUGCAAUGCCGAGUUAGAAAAUGAUGACGUUUCAAUAGCAGUACAACAUCAAAGUUUAUGUUCUGUAUCAGAUAAUGAUAAGGAUAUGCAUGGAGACAAAAAUUUGAAAAUGGAAGAAAAAGAAUUAAGUGAUUCUGACAUUAAAAAAACUGAGUAAAAUGAUGAAAUAGAUAUGUCUGGUGCAAUAUAUAAAUUAUAAUAUAUUGCUAAAAUAUUUAAAAAUUUAAUACUUGUUAAGUUUUUUGCAUAAAAAAAUAAAAAAUCCAACAAAUUAAAAUAAUUUAAGACGCAUUAAAUUAUGUUCAAUAUUAAUACAUGUGUUAUUUCAUACAGAUUAAACGUACGUUUUCUGUAAAUGUUUAGUAUGUUGUGUAAGUUGUUGGAUACAACUUGAUAAUGUUAAACUUAAUAAAACAUAAAUAA